AUGUUACUUAUUCAGCAAUCACCAACAUUUCGUGCUUGGACAAGUCAAGCAUUGAUGUUAUAUUUUCGUCGUGCAUUACUUUUUCUUAUUGUUAGUCAACGUCAAAAUAUUAAUAAUAAUAAUAAUAAUAAUAAUAAUCAUUAUUUAUUACAACAACAACAAAUAGUUUAUUAUAAUGAUGCUAAAGUUGAUGAAGAUAAAUUAAUGAUUGAUGAAAAGAAAAAAAUUAAAAAGACAUUAAAUGAUCAAAAUCAAAAUCAUUCUAAUCGAUCAGAAAUAAGUCAAUUAAAACGUAAUUUAUUAAAAGAAUAUGUUUUAAAAAGAUUAUCUCAAGGUUUAAAUAAUUCAAUGAUAAAAUCCAUAGAACAACAAAAACAAACUUCUCCAUUAGUAGAAUCAAUGAAUGAUUCUUCAAUAAAUCAAUCAUCAGAGAUAUUCAAUUCAAUAGAAUUAUCAGUUACAAAACAAUUUGAAGUAUCUCAAUUAAAUUCAUCUGAAUCUUCUAACUCAAUUACAAUAAAUUCUAUAAAUAAUACCAACAAUAAAACAACUAAAAUACAUGAUGAUUUUGCCAAUCACUAUCAAACAAAUCUUUUAUUUUCAUCAUAUCAACCGAUUUCUUUUGAUAAUCAUAAUCAAGUUAAUAUUUUUCCAUCAUAUAAUCCUCAUUUCAAUUAUACAAAUUCACUAGUAUUCUAUCCGUCUUGUUCAUCUUGUCAAUCGUCUUUUUCUUUAUGUGACUCUUCCAAUGAUGAAACUUUAUCUGAUACAUUGUCAAAUCAAUCAUUAAUAUCAAAAUCUUCUAAUGAAAAUUUAUCAAUUUUAAAUCAACAAACUUGUUCUCAAUUGUUUGAUCAUAAAAAUGAUAUUUAUGAAAAAUAUCAAACUUCAUUUUCACAUAUUCUUCAUCAAACAAAAAGUCUUCAUACAAUUCGAAAAGAAGAUCAACUACUAUCUAUGUUAAUACUUGAACCAAAUACAUCCAUUAUAACUGUUCGUCAAUUAACAUAUCAACAGUUCAAUUCAAAUAAUACUAAUUAUACAAUCACAACAAGUUAUGUAUGUGUUCGAUUAAUUGCUCAUCGAACAAAUUUAGCAAUUCAAUGUGAUACUAAACCAAUGAAAUGUAAACAAGCUUUUAGUUGUUUACCUAUGAAAUAUAUACAAAAGCCAUUAAUAAAUCAUAUUAUAAAAUCAACAUCGAUUAAUAACGAACAACAAGAAAAAUCCUAUUUAAAUAAUUCAACAACGAACAUCAUAGACCAAUAUAAUGAACAACAGUCAUUAAAAUCUUGCAGUAAAAAUUUUGAAGCAGUGUCGAUAUUGUAA